AUGAGUUUUCAUAUUUUACGAUUACUCCGUGUUAUUCUCCUCGCAAUUUUCAUCUUCCAUGGCUCGUGUUAUUCCGAUGAAGCUGGAAGUUAUACAUUUAUGAAAGAUGCAACACUAGCACCAACUCAUGCUAGCUUCGACUACAUAAUCAUCGGAGGAGGAACUUCAGGUUGUGCGUUAGCCGCAACGCUCUCUCAAAACGCAAACGUUUUGGUUCUUGAACGUGGCGGCUCACCCUACGACAAUCCAACGGCCACGGACAUCGGAAACUUCGCCAACACACUCUUAAACAUCACACCGAACUCAUGGUCGCAGCUUUUCAUCUCGGAGGACGGCGUUUAUAACACACGGCCGCGCGUCCUCGGUGGAGGUACGGUGCUAAACGCGGGAUUCUACACACGCGCGAGCGGCCACUACGUGGAGGAAGCUGAGUGGGAGAUGGAGGAAGUGGAAGCUGCUUACGAGUGGGUCGAGAAGAAACUUGUGUUCGAGCCACAAGUAAUGGGAUGGCAAACGGCGUUUAAAGAUGGGCUUUUGGAGGCUGGUGUGAAUCCGUACAAUGGUUUUACGUACGACCAUAUAUACGGGACGAAGAUCGGCGGUACGAUCUUGGACGGCGACGGUCAUAGACACACGGCGGCGAAUCUGUUAGAGUAUGCUAAUCCAAACAAUAUUGUUGUAUACUUGCAUGCUUCUGUCCAUAAAAUCUUCUUCACCACCACAACAGGUAGCCAGCGACCAAAGGCAAACGAAGUGAUAUUUCAAGAUGCGAAUGGAGUGUUCCACAAGGUAGAACUAGCAAGCCACACAAUGAAAUUGAACGAAGUAAUCUUGUCCGCUGGAGCCAUGGGCAGCCCGCAUCUGUUGAUGCUGAGCGGCGUGGGUCCUAAGGCUCAUCUUGCGGCUCACGGGGUUAAACAUAUGGUCUUAGAUCACCCAAUGGUUGGGCAAGGAAUGGGUGAUAAUCCCAUGAAUCUCGUCUUUGUUCCUUCUCCUAUGCCCGUAGAAAUGUCCCUCGUACAAGUUGUUGGGAUCACAAAGUUUGAUAGUUACAUUGAAGGUGGAAGUAACGUGAGUAUCUCUUAUGAUUUGACCCGUAGGUUCUUCGACGGUGUUUUGGAUCUUUUCAACGAGACAAGCCGUACUACAUCUAGGAAAAUCCUGACUCAAUCCAUUGCCAAACUUUUAAAAUCCUUGGAUCUUGGAUUUAAAGUGGCGAUAAAUGCGAAUGGUAUGGUCCAAAAAGUCACGGGACCGGCCUCUAGAGGUUACAUGGAGCUCCAGAACACGAAUCCAGACGAUAACCCUUCAGUGACAUUCAAUUACUAUCAAGAACCAGAAGACUUGAACAAGUGUGUUGAAGGGCUUAACACCAUUAUUAAAGUGAUAGACUCGAAGGCCUUCUCCAAGUACAAAUACCCAGGUGUGACUGGACGUGAGCUGCUCAAUCAUAUGCUGACCCUUCCCACUAAUCUGAGGCCGAGGCAUGUGACCUCAACGUUCAACUUGAAGCAGUUUUGUAUCGACACUGUGAUGACUAUGUAUCAUUACCAUGGAGGUUGUCAAGUUGGAAGAGUGGUCGACAAGAAUUACAAAGUUUUAGGCAUUGAUGCUUUAAGGGUUAUAGAUGGAUCCACGUUUCUCAAGUCCCCAGGGACUAAUCCUCAAGCCACAGUUAUGAUGCUCGGAAGGUAA